ACUCGCUCACUCACGACUUCUCCCUUCUCUCCGCGCUCGCCUGCCACCGCCUGACUCACGGCGACCUCCUGCGCAUGCGCCGCCGCUCCAGGAAUACGGCACGCACGGCUCGUCGUGCUUCGUCCUCUGGUUCCGCCGGAUGCUGAGGAACUGGGACCAGCUCAUCGUCCCCAGGCAGCAGCUGCGGUGGAAUGACGGCUCGAGCGCCGCGUGCCUGCCGCGGCUGCAGGUCUUUCAGCUGGAGGAGCUCGAGGUGGAUGUGAAGGCACAGAUGGUGAGGAGGUCGAGGUCGACGAGGCAGCGGCUAUCUUUUACCUGGUCUGCUUCGUUGGACUCCCAGGAUGCCUUCAAGGUGUCGGCCACGGACUUGACUUGGAGUUCAGAUCUCCCAGUUUUAGGCUCUGACCCUGAGCGAGCGCACGGACCUCGAGCGCCCGUGGGAGGCGGGCGUGAAGGACGACGUCUUCGUCGAGGAGGACCCAG